CUUGUAAAAGAGAUAUGAAAGUAUAACGAUAAUUAAUCUGUUGUCUGAUGCAACGUGCGAUCUAUUCUACAACAAAGAUCUGAAAAAGUAUAUAAAAGGUAAAAAAUCAGAAGGAUGACAUCUGAAUCUGCGAUCCGGCACCUAAGUCAACGGGCCACUCUUGCCGAAGAAAUCCUGGCUAAGUUGAAACACCAACUAGAAGACGUGAAACGUGUAGCAAUGAAAAAUAUUGUGAAAAAAGAAGAAGAACGAAUCCGUCGGGAAAAUGAACGACUGAAAAUCGAGGUGGGUGACUACAAAAAGAAGUUAAUGCUCGCCGAAAUCGGUAAUGGGAUAAGACAGAUACCUAUUCCGAACAAAAGGAAUUUAGAUCAAAUUACUACAGACCAGAGAGUUUCACCAACGAAAGAACUCGAAGUUAAAAAAGUGAAAGCUGCUCCUAAGCCUGCUACCCCUAAGGCUGCUGCUCCCGUUAAUUCCGACAACAAGACUUCUGAGGUGGAUGUAUCCAAAUUACAUAUCCGGGUAGGAUUUGUUAAGUCUGCACAAAAGCACCCUGAUGCUGACAAGAUGUACGUUGAAGAAGUCGAUAUGGGAGAAGAGAAACCACGAACUGUAGUUUCCGGUCUCGUUGGUGCCGUUCCGUUGUCGGAUAUUGAGGGCCAUUUGUGUGUUUUCUUAAGUAACCUGAAACCUGCUAAGCUGCGUGGUGUCUUAUCUGAAGGAAUGAUUCUUGGUGCCAACAACGGAGACAAAGUUGAACUGUUGAGACCACCACCAGGAAGUGUUCCGGGUGACCGUGUCGUGUGUGCCAAAUACCCCGGCGAACCGGAACGCGUCAUCACUCCUAAAAACAAAAUUUGGGACUUCGUUAAACCAGACGUAAAAACCAACAACAGCUGCGUUGCUACCUAUAAAGGUGAACCACUUAUAAUCGAGGGCAAAGGACAGGUGACAGUACCAUCAGUAUCUGACAGUCAGAUUUGUUAAUCAGAACUUUUACAGCAGGAGAAAAUGUUUGUGAAACCAGAUUGAAAGUUUUUUACUUUUCCAUCCCUCCUUCCUUCCUUAUGACUUUUUUAAACUGUUUUUUUUUUCUUCUCACUCUAACUUUUCAGUAUCAACAUACAAGUAUUAAUAAAUACGGAAUUAUUAUGGUAA